AUAUAUAUAUACAAUAUAAAUAAAAAUCUGCUAAUUACUCACUACUCGCAGUGAUAAAUAAUUGCAAAGCUACAUUACUCAUGGGCGUAAACUGUGCUAAAUUCUAAUUAUUAAGUGUAUCUUUUGCCAUGAGUGCAUGUACGUGUAACAUUCUUUAUGACAUACAUAGAUAAUGCAAUAUGUUCAAUUGGUUCAAUUACUAGUAAAUAGAUAACAACAAUGAAUGACAGUUCUUUCAAUCAGCUGUUUCAGUAUGAUUCUUCAGUAAUUAUUUGUUUAUAAUCGAAUUUCAAAGAAAGAUUUUGCAAAGAAUGGGCGAAGAUAUUAGAGUUAAGGAGCAGUGGCAACUUCUCCAAAAUCUCAGAUCGACUGUAGAAGGAUUAUUAAAUAAUGGACUGUCAAAUGUGUGGAAUGUUUAUGGAGGACUUAAUCGAUUACACAAUAUAAUGGAACAAAUAUUUAAACAUGGAUGCAGAAUUUUUGAUCCUACUGGUGAGCCAGAUUGUUGGAUUUUUAUUCAGGGACUGAACUGGCUACAACCGUCAUUAGCUACAUCACCAAUUAUUCGUGAAUGCGACGAUUAUUUUACAAAUUUACCAAAUAGAAUUGCUUCUCGUAAAGAUAUGUUGUGGCUCUAUACAAGUUUAGAAAGUCAUUCGCUGUCGCAAAAGUUAUCGUGGCUUUUAUCCGAUAAGGAACAUUUGCUCUCUUGCCUGGAACCCUGGGCAUUUUUAUGUCAAGAAACAUUGGCAGAAGCGACACUUAUUUGCUUAAAGGCUGUUGAGAAAAAUCAACCUGCUCUCUUAACGGACAUUGAUCCUUGCUUGUUUUUGCCAAACUGGAAAUGCGGUAAGGACAGUCCGAAGAAAUUUCAUCGACGCUCUUCAUCGUAUCCAGUGAAUUUACGCACUAGCCUGCAGGAAAUAACAUUUAAAACAACGGAGCACGCUUGUCGAAAAUGUAACAAGCCUCAAAAUUUAAAAAAGAAUCUUCCCACCGAAAAAAUGCAACCAACAGAGGAAGAGAUAGAAAAAGAAGUCAGACAAAGAUCACUUUUGAGGACGUGGAGUAGCUAUCCUGAAUUAAGCGAGAAAUUCGACACAUUUGAAGGAAGAAGUACAUCAACGGAAAAUUUAGCAAUUAUAAAAAAACCCGAGAGGAAAUUAAAUGAAUCUAUUCAAAAAGUUGAAUUAUCGUCUGUGAUUAAAAUUGAUUAUUCCGAAGCCAAAGAUGCAAUUUCACCACAAGAGCGAAAAGCAUCGAAGCAAAAGAUGUUUACAAGAAAAAAUCGAAGUAAAACGAAAAAUCUUUCAAAUUCUUCGCCCAUAUCGUUGAAAAAAUACAAUAGCGGAAGUUCCGAUACGUUAAAUUAUGAAGAAAAUCAAAAAUCCGCUCAAACUGAGAGUUUUUCUUUCAAUCGUCAAUCGAGUGUUGAAUCAUCUGUUACUGACUCGGUAAAAAUUGAAACAUCGAGUUCAUCAAAAAGAAAAUCAUCAUUUUUAGUUGGUUCAGGACCUGAAUUUAUGACACCGUGGAGUUUAAAGAUUGAAGGACAGAAAGAUAUUAGGACGCCGAAAAAAAGUUUUAUGGAAGAUGGAGGCAGUAGUGUUCAACCAAUGGCUACGGGAUAUUUUCCACGACCAUUAGAGGGGCAAAGUAUUAUGAGUUUUCUUUCGUCGGCACAAUUUUCAAGAGCAAACGCCGAAUUGGACAGAGAGAAUGCCCAUUUCAGUAUUUCAGAAGCUAUGAUUUCUGCGAUUGAGCAAGUUAAAUGUAAUCGUCAAUUAAAUUUAUUUGAGGAAAAUGUCGAUGAAAGUGAUGAGGAAAUAAAUCAUUUGAAGCAAAGAAUUCGCUUUAGACGCCGACAGAGGCAGGAGGAGAAAAGAAAAGUUGGAGUGUGGAUACGAGAUCUUCUAAGUGACGGAAAAACAGACACGACCACCACUGAUCAAAGUGUAAGUCCUCUGUCAUCUUCUUCAGAAUCUCAAUCGGACAGUAUUUUUUCAGACGAUGCAAUAACUCCCUCUUCGGUUUCAGGAAUGUAUGAAUCAACAGCUUCUUUGUCCUCUGAAAUUGACUAUUUCAGAUCGUCUUCGAGACAUGGAACGGAAUCCAAUUUAACUGAUAGUAUAAUAUCAGCGGAGGGUGUUGCCUUAUCUCUAAUUAGUAGGUUUAGUGAAAAACAAUUGCCCAGGGCAAGUGAACUAAAGUGGCUUGUGUCUGAACAAGAUGCUCCUCAACAGUUGCUACCGUUACCGAAAAAUUGGUCAAUGAGUUUGGAUGAACUUGAAGAGAGCAAUUCGUGUCCAUCAAUUUCUCUUCGAGGUACUGUAGAAUGGGCUCCUCCGAGACCACAGAUUAUUUUCACGCCACAUCCACCACCAAAAAAGAAGACGUCGAUAUUAAAGCAAAAUUAUAGAUGCGCUGGUUGUGGAAUGAAAGUUGCAGUUAAGUAUGCGAAUAAAUUUCGCUAUUGUGAAUAUUUAGGAAGAUAUUUUUGUACCGGUUGCCAUACAAAUCAAGUGUCAGUGAUACCAGGAAAAAUUUUAUACAAAUGGGAUUUUUGCAGGUACCCAGUUUCGAAUUUCUCGUACAGACUUUUGGAUCAAAUGACAAUGGAUCCACUUUUUCAAGUUAAUGGCUUGAAUCCAUUAUUGUACAGACGUGUCAAGCAAUUGGAGCGCACAAAAAUACUUCGCACUCAAUUAUUUUUCUUUAAGGAUUUCCUUUUUAAUUGCCGUUUCGCAGGAAGUUUACAGGAAGCGCUGAGAAAAGAACCAAAACAUUUGUUGAAUGAUCCUCAUAUAUAUUCGCUACAAGAUUUAAUACAAGUUAAACUUGGCGUUCUACCCGACGAAUUGCACAAGCUAAUUGAAGACUGUUAUGCCCAUGUAGCGGAUUGCAUCUUAUGCCAAGCUCGAGGAUUCAUGUGCGAAAUUUGCAAGGACAAUUCAAAGGAUGUGAUUUAUCCUUGGGAAUUGAAUAAAGUGAUAAGAUGUGACGCUUGUGGCGCGUGUUAUCAUAUUAAUUGUAGAAACAAUUCAAGCUCCAAAGAAUGUCCAAGAUGCGUGCGAAUACAGGCAAGAAAAUUAUCUAAAGAUCCACUUUGACCCAGGCUAUAUUUGUAUAGCAAUUUACUCAUUAUUUAAAUUGCUUUAUUUAUUAUAUAUAUAUAACAUUUGCAAAGACAAUUUGCAAUUAUUUUAUAAUGCAUUUCGACUCAUUAAUUUAUAGAAAAGUAGUAAAUGAAUCUUCAUUGUACAUUUAAUCAAAAUUAGUUAAUUCAAAUUUCAAAUUAUUGCAAAAUUGUUUAUACUCAAAAUAUAUUUUGAAGAGUAGUAUUGAUAAAUAUAGUGUUAAUAAUGAAUCUCAAUAAUUAACGAAUAACGAUCAAAUUAUCUUGCUUUUAGAGACUGUAUAUUUAUCUAUAUUUAGAUAAUAUUUAUUUUGAAAAUUAUAUUUCAUCUGAUUAAUUUAGAUUUAUUGAUUAAUGUUCACCAUAAUUUAUGAAUUAACAAAAAAAAACAUGCAUUAUUACUAAAUGUAUUAGAUAAAAAAAAAGCAGGACGCACUUUUUAAAUGGUUGUAUUCAGCCAUUGUUUUACGCUUCUACUAAUUUAUCUUGUAAAAAAAUUAGACACUUAGUGUACAAAUUUUUAUAUAUUUGAAAGAGGCUGAAAAAAAGGUCUUAUUAAAAAGCCUUGAAAAUAUUUAAUUUUCUAAUUUUCUAA